AAACUAAGGAACGUACAUUACCAUCCAUAAGUAUUUGAACAGCUGGUACAAUUCGAUUAAAACGUUCAUAUCCUUGUCAUAUUUUCAAUUUUUUUUAAAUAGAACAACGUUUUUCUAGCGUUUGAUUCUUUGCUUCUUACAUCGAGCCUCAAUGAUCUGCUAAAUUGGAACUGAGAGGAAAAAUAUACGUAUCAGUCAAGUUCUAUGUCUAUUUGCGACGAAUAACGAACGCUUCAUGAAAUUUAUAUAAAUUUUUCGAAACUAGUGGAUAGUUGAUCUCAAUUGGCCCGAUUUUAAAUCCCAAUUUAAAAUCACUUAACUCAGGUGACUCUACAGGAUCAUUCAUUCAUUCAUCUUCAAUUAUUGCUUCAUUCUUCCUAUUAAUAAAUACCGUUUUGAUCGACGUCUGCUAAUUGCAGGUAUACUUGUAGGUUGCCUGAGAUAACGUACGAGGCCAAAAUUAAUUAAUCAGAGAAUUUCAUUCGAAGUACGUCUUACAUAUUUGCAAUACAUUGAGAGUGUACCAAGGGGUACUGAAAUACUUAUGGACGGUAUUGUACCUUCUUUUCCCUUUUUGUUUCUUUACUUUCGUUUAACCGAUACCGGAGACCCAGUUCUUUCUUCAAAGGAGGACACCCUGUAUUAUUCCAGGGGAUACAGAGGUGCAUGACCUAGUUACGCUUGGGCGUGUUAUAUGGGUCAUAGACACCAUUCGCAGCAAGUCGUGCACACGUACCUACCCAUACAGGGACACGUAUUAUAGUCUAGAAAAUUAUGAUAGUUUCCACGGAAACGUGAUCCUGCGAAUAUGGGGUAGUAAAAGUUUUAUAGCUCACCUACUAUAUCUUGCAAUUAUCAGGCAUGAAUUUACUUCUGGAAAUGGAAAUACGGCUUUUAGAUGAACAACCAAAGUCGAUCGACGUUUCUGUAUAAAUUGUUUCUCCGAUUUUUCUCUAUUUUUAAUUGCCAGUUUAAUUAUCCAGUAGUAUAUAUAGGCAGCAUCGAAGAAGCAUCCUCGAGAUCAUUUUAGGAAAGAAAAUUCCGCGAGUACAGAUAGCUCUUUAAAGAGUCCUUUUUCAACGAGCAGCUUUUCAGCGGAUCAGAGUUAAAAGGCACGAACGGAAAAAUACAGGAAGAGGGAAGCAGUUGAGGUUUGCAAUGAAAUUGGCUAUCUGGGCUCUAUCAGUAAGCUCGCGUGUGUAUUGCAAAGGCAAUUUGUAACUUUCUAGUACUUUCUACCAUCGUGUGAUCGGUGCAUAUCCAGGAACGAUUAACAGCAACCGCAUCGAUCAUUUCUAUCGAAAUCAACGUUCUAUAGUUUAAAAGAGCUUUACGAGUGUAACCACGAAGCUUUGAAAAAGAGAAAUUAAGAAUCGUGAAAGGUGAAAGGGUUUCGGUGUACAAGGCGAAGAAUAGAUUUCGACGACGAUGAUCGAUAAGCUGAUAGUGAAUCGUGCGGGGUUUAUCUUGGAUUCAAGACUGUGAAUAAUGUUGAGUUUGGUCAAGAGAGAAGAGAAAAAGAGAGGAUGUCUCGAACGAAGAUGUAGCCGUGUUUUCGAGUCACUUUGUCGCGAUGAUUCCUACUCUUUGUCAAUUAAUCGUCAUGGAGAUUGGCCUCUGGAGAGAUAGACGAUUUAUAAAUCGAAGUGCAGGUUGAACGAAAUCAAAGAACAUAGUUGUUGCCAGUGGGCAACGAUAUUUGUGAACGUACGCGCGUUUAAUAGUAAUCAGUGUACGAUGUUGGAAGGUGGACGUGCAGUGACUUGGCUCCUUGUAUCAGCCCUACGAGCUGCACGUCACCCGAAAGAUUCACGUACUAACCCAGUUGCACCUGUUUGAACCCACCAGUUGCAGAGUCCUGCACCGUAACCCCAUGACGCAUUUAACACAUGGCCCGCCUGGAGAUACCAAGUAUAGUGGUGCAUAAAGGCAGCAGGUCGCACAGCCGACCUGAGAGUCCCACGGUGGUGGUGCGAGGAGGAAUGCCCUCACUGCCAUCCUCUAGACAAGGCUUCGUCAUAAGUGGCUCCAAUACAUCAUAUCAGAACAGCUCGGAGUCGGAUAUGAUAGACGGGAAUGCCAAUCCGAAUGUCGGCUCUUCUCCUACACAGAAUUCUCUCCACCGCAGCUCGCCCUCCUGUCCUCCUGACAAAUCAGACUCAGAGAACAAGAACUUUCGUACCAGGACGAAUACGAAAGUUAAGUUGCUGGUCAGGAGCCAUGCUAUGAGAGAGUCGACGUCUCCCCCAAGGGAGCCACACAACGGUUCGUCGUCUCCACAUAGCCCUCAGUCGGUGGACGGUGAAAAGAAGUUCGUGGGCAACCUGUCUCCAAAUUCCACUAACGUGAAGCUUAAUAACAACGAGUCAAUGUUCAACAGUAAUCUUUGCCCAAAUCAAUCCCCCAAGCAAAUGCGUAAUACAGCCACUUCACCUACCUGUCGAGCUCCGUCACGAAAUGGUCAAUCUAGUCCCUCCCAAAUUCACUCACCAAAGAAUAAUACCUCUCCAACGAACGGCAAUAAGUCGGAAAACCAACGUUCCAAGAUGACAGGCUCGCACGUGAUUCAAAAAUGCAAUAAUUGCGUAAAGAACAAUCAAAAUGACCGACCUGGCUUGCUUCAGACGCCUGUGUCUCCGUCGAAGGCUGGGCAGGCGUUGCAACACUCGCCAAAGAGUACCAACCUGGCUCAAAACGCGCAAAACAAUCAGCAGAAGAUGGAACAACGUAGACCAAACACGUUGAAUAUUUGCAACAACCAGUGUUCGACGCAGUGCGGCAAUACCUUGUCCGUGAGCAGACCUAGCUCGCGGCACAAGCUGAGGCAUCAGAAUUCCUCUCAGGGUAGCUUUGACAGCGCUUCUCCUUGCCUCUCACGAGAUAGUAGUACGGAAUUGUAUACGGACAGUACUGGAAUAGAUCUGGAGCAUUUCAUCGCGGAAACUAUAAAUCGUAACCAGAAAGAUCGCACGGUGCUAUUAAAAAUCGAGAAAGAUCUGAUAGAAUUCGCGAAGGACAAGCAGAAAGUCUGUCACAAGUUUCCAAACAUGUCCUCUUACAACAGAAUGCUAGUGCAUCGCGUGGCAGCCUACUUUGGCAUGGAACAUAACGUAGAUCAGUCUGGUUCCAGCGUGAUAGUUACCAGAACGAAAAACAUGCGGAUUCCAAAUACUCGUUUUAAGGAACACAUCAGAGACGAUCUGAUUCUGUCCGAAGAACCGCGAAGAAGUAUUCUGAAGAGAGAUUCUAGCUCGUUCGAGGACAAUUUCAAUUUUAAGUCACCUGACAGAUUAUCUGGCGAUUAUUGCCGACAGAAUAAGAGUUUCGAGGAAAGGGAGGAGGAGUAUGAACGUGCCAGACGAAGAAUAUUUAAAGAUAGCAGUGGGGAAAGUAGCGAAGUUACUUCCUGGCCUUAUUGGUCUUCUUCAGAAAGUUCUGACGCUUCUGCGAGAUAUCGUUUGUUACAUCCUUCGGAUCAUACGAUGAGGCUAUGUUGCGUAUGUAAUAGGCAAACGAAGCUCUUGAAAGGGGAAUCUUUCGAUGGAAGAGAAUCCUGUCGGGGUUCCGUAUUGAGGCCAUCUGUUUCCAAGUCCUUUAGUUUCGGUGGUUACACCAGGGGAAUGCUUUCUAGAGGGGACAGUGUUACAUCCACUCAUAGUGCUGGGGCUCGCCUUAUGAAGCAAGAGAUUAAAUCUGUUGCAGACUCAGGUGCUAGUAUGUGUUCGCGACUAAGUCCUUCGAGUAGCGGCUAUAAAUCGCAAAGCCAACGCAGCGAUGCCACGAUAUCGCCGUCUCCUUCGCCAUCCCCUGUGGCAACCAUGACCUGCAGUCAUACCCAAGUAUCUAGUCAGGAUCUCGCUUCUCCGGAAUCGAAUAAUCAAACGGUAAUGUGGGCGGUUACCAGUAUAUCCAGUGUACCGCCAGGUAGCAUAAUCAUAAAUCCGCAAACGAAUCAGCCGUAUACCAAUCCAGAUGGUUCGAUUUACCGCUUCGAUCCAGAGAACCCACCAAAAUUUUAUACUGCUGCAUUGCCGCACGAAAACGAAAGGAAUAACAUGUCGCCCAGCAAGACUAUAGAAGUAUCCGAGCCACCCAAAAUAACACAAAAUAACACAAAGAACGAAAAUAAAAAGAGAUCGCAGACAAACAAGCAACACAACGGUGGUAACACAACAGCAGUGACUCAUGUGACGAACUCGGCGACAUCACCGAGUUUGCCGUUCACGCCGCCACCUCAACAGAAUCCAGGAUCAUUGCAACAACCGCAACAACAACAACAACAACAACAACAACAACAACAACAACAACAACAGACGCAGCAGCAACAAACUCUAGUCAAAUCAUCGUCGACAGUGCAAACUUGCAAUCACAAUCAAGCAGCUCAACCAUACACGACCUACGUACCUACCUCAGAACCGUAUAAUCAGGGUGUCUAUCCACCCUCUGUGGGGCAACAGACUGUGAUGAUGGCUCCUCAUCCGAGUCAAAAUCAGGCGAACGUUCAAAACAAUGGUCAGGGUGAUGUAUUUAAUCAGAAUUCGGUUUACGCGAAUUAUGCAGUACCUGUGCAACAAGGACCAGUGUCGCAGACAACGGAGAUAACUGAAUUGUCCGGAUAUUUUAUGGGUAUGAGUAUCUACGAUCAACGCGUGACUGGUGAUAACCAUUCUACGCCGCCGCACUCUUACCCACAACCGCAACCAUCUACAAAUCAAGCAGUUCAAAAUGUGCAGACGAUGCCGCAGAAUUACUGGCAACCACCACCUAAUUCUGUACCGGCACAACAGACGAUGUACUUUGUACCUCCGCCUGGUGCAGCACUUUCAGUCAGUCAGGGUCCAGGUGAUAGACAGCCAUUGCACCAACAACAGAGAUUUACGACAAAUUAUUCUUUCAAUGCACAAACUAUGACUCCUCCGAGCCAAUCAAAUUCUAAUUACGUGGGUAGUUAUCCAGUCCCUUACAAUUCAAUGCCCGCUGUAACACCAGCACCAGGGGAUUACACGUAUCAACCAUCAGUUCAUAUGGUACCUACGUAUUAUCCGCCAGGUCAAACGACGAUUCAACCACCACCUGUUAUGUACAGAGUGCCAACACCACCAAAUACUCCAACUUCUAAUCAGAUGCCUGGAAUGCCACUGAUGUACGUCAACUCUGGUAGCUAUCCGCCACCAACGAUGGUAUCCAAUGGAACAUUUGGCCAUCAAGUCGGACACAAUGGCACAUCACCUGCACCUCCUGGAACUUAUAUGACUCCCGCGCUGGUUCCCAAUCUCGUUUUUAGGCAGAAUGUUCCUGUUGUUGCUGGUGUACGAGCUUCAACGCCAGGUAACUCUCAGAGAACUAGCAGGUCGCCGACUCCAGCACACGAGCUGUUCGGAAGUGGGAGCGGGGACAGAAGCGCACAACCCCAACCACGCUACCCACUGCCAAUGUAUCAGGGUGUCCAUAUUGUACAAGGAGAUAUGAGAUUGAUGCAUCCCGCAGUACCAGCCAACCCACGGUUGCAGUAUGCGCCAGUACCAUCACCACCUGUUGUUCAAGGUUGUCCACGACCGUACCGACCGCCUUCUUAUUCGUCGAACACCUCAGGCGCUGGUACACCAACCUCGUUUGAUGGGAGAAAUCAGAAAAUUCGUAAACAGAGGUCCAAAGUAGCAUCGUUGCCACCAACAGGCGCGCGGCCCAAUCUUUAUCAGACUCCUUCCAUGCCGUCGCUCUCGUCUAACGUUCCGAAAGAUAUCAGAGAAGGGACCGUGAAGGUGACAAUCACCCGCCGAAACCAACUGGUACAAUAUUAAGUACACGGGCCAAUUUUGGAAGAGGAUCAGUGCUGAACGUAAAGAAAAAGACAAUUAUAUCGUUACAGGCUAAUUGAGAAGAACCGAAUAAGCAGCUCGUGGUUUACCGCUAUGCAUACAUGAUUCUUAUUAUUAAUAUUAACAAUACUUUUAAUUAAAUAUCUAAGAGAAAAGAAAUAUAAAAUGCACACACUACUAGAAUAUAAAAAUUCACGUAUUACAAAAAUCGAAAAAGGAACAAACAAGAUUGAAAAUCACCCCUAAGAUAAAAAUGAAAAUGUUAUACAUCUCUUUUGAUAAAAUGCGGUGACCGAUGAAACUAACAUAAAAUAAAGAAGAAGGAAAAGGAAGACACAUUGAAAUUCGUUCAUACCGAUCAUAUAAUAAAAAUCUGAAUUAUCAGAAUAUUCAAAGGAGAGAAAUGAAGCAGAGGAAAAUGUAUUGAGUACAUGAAGGAAGGAUAAUCUGUGCGUUGUUUUUUGGCGUAGGGCACGAUAGACCCAGUGGUACACACCGAACAGAGUUACUGAACAGAAUUUUAACUAUUACAAUUAUUAUAUAUUAUAUAUACAGUAUAUUAUAUUAUAUCUGGAGAUAUUUUAAUCGCGGUUUUACAGAUACUAUAUGAAUGUGAGAUUUACUUUUAAGAGAAGGUACUUUUAAAAUGAACACAGAUAUAUACGCAUGGAUUGCCUGGUCCGGUCUACGGAUCAGUCUCGACCGGCUAGGAAAUCCUCAUUAUAAAUAACGAUAAAACUAAUGUACGAGUAUUAUAUAAUACACGUUACUGAGUACGUUUACAGUAGCAACCGCAAACGCUGUCCAGCCAGAAUCUCUGGACCGGCUCUAGGUUCUUUCAGGAAUGAUCAUUGCUCAUUGAUUCUUCUGUGUACUGCCACCAAAGAGUUGCGUUAAUCUAAAAAAAAAAAAAAAGACAAAAAGGAAAAAGUAAAAAAAAAGGAGAAAGAAGUAGGAAGAACAGAACAGAACAGAACAAAAAUAUUGCUGCCAGUUGUGACUCGCGGAUAGGAAUGAAAUUAUUUGCUACCUCAAUUUUAUAUCGAAAAGAUUUUUCACGUUAUCGGCCUUUUAUGGAGUUGUGAAUUCUUCCAAGAAAGCUUUCAAUUCUUUUCAUUCGAAGACGAGAGUAACCAUAAUUUCAUCGAAUAUUUAAUGAUACUUGCAACGUGAUUUAUUGUACAUAAGUAUUGCGUAAACGAGAUGUUUCAUCAGGGAGAUAAACGCGAUUUAUAUUCGAAAGGUUCCCUCUGGCAUAAUAAUCGUCUCCCUGAUAUCUUGCAUUCUAAGAUCCGCUAACGCUUCUGAUCUCUGACGAUUACUUUAGUACAAGUUAAUGUAUCGCUCGAGGAGAAAAUGUAAACGUAUUCAGUACAUGGAUCUAUAUACCUAGUUCGACACAAGUAGUUAAGUAGCGCGAAACCAUCACAGCUUAGUGUCACGAAAGAGAACCUAUCUCACAUACAUCUUUAAAAGAAAGUCCAUUCUUUCUCUUUUUCCGUUGAUCGUCCGUAAAUAGGGAAUUGAUGUAAAGUUUUAGCCGAUACGAAACGCGCACGUUUAACGACAAUUCUGUAUUAUUUUGUAAGGUUUCCUCACGAGGGGAAUGAACAUGAAAACGCGACAGACGCUCCACACAGUAACUAUGAUUCGUCUUCCAAGCUUCACAGCACGCUUCUGAAUCCUAUAGAUAUCCGAACUACGUAAUUAGAUAUACUUUUCACGCCCGAUUCUAUGAAGAAGUAAUAUGUAAUUAGUUUGGCAGCGGUGAUGGUGACGCGUGAUCGUCGUAAUUAAUAAUGUCUCCGUCUGUGAAAAAAAUUCAUCUGCGGAACAACGUAGACGAUCUUCAUAUCGCAAUUAACAUUCAUUUUUAGUUAAUCGAUCUACUAUCAAUAACAAUACUAAAUCUAAGUUCAAUAUUCCAAUUAUCAUUUCUAUUAAGUUUUUAGUAAGGCGUGUACGUUGCUCCGCACGAGAAAUACCAAGUGGAAUCCAUCCAGAAGCUUCGCUUACGGUGAUUGUACUUCAGGACGUAGGUGAAGGGUGUGCCUAUCUUUUUAUGAGAUUUAAUUGAAAAAAAUGCGCGCACCGCGACCUUUUAUCUACCCUAUGCCAAGCGACGCGAAAGAGAGGCACUACUUUCUUCAUAAGAAAGCGUGAUAAAUUUAUCUAAAGAUCUCUAGAUUUAAAAAGAACCGAAAGAAAAAAAAAGGUAAAAAAGAGGGAGAAAGUGAGAGUGGAAACGAGAGAGACCUGAGCAGAAUAAAUAUUAGACGGAUUAAAACUAUUCAAAUGUUUCAAUUAUAAAGAGAUGGGCGCACAACAAAGUAGUGUUUAACCGUACCUAAAGUCGUCGUAGUGAUUAAUGAAGAUAAUUGUACCUAUAACAAAAAACAACAAAAAAAAAAGAAAAACAGUUCACGAAUCUCUCUAAAACAUAAUUAACAAAAGAAGGAAAGGAAAAAUGUGAAACAGGAUUAUAAUAUCGAUUAUCGAAAGAAACCGCUUGCAAGUGACGUUCACCAUUUUAUUCGUCACAUUGGAAUUCAUUAUUUUCAAAUGUUAUUCAGUCUACGUAAUUUUAUGAUAUUUUUAUAAUCAAUUACGAGAACAAUCGAUGCGAGAAUACGAUUAAAGGAAAAGAAAUGCAUAAUGUGUAUAAUAAUAUAAUUUAUGGUCGAGCGUUAUUUGCAGGCAGUCGCGCUUACGUCGUGCAACCGGAGCAGCUGAACCAAAGUCAUGAUUGUAAUUGCAUAGUCACAUUUAUUUAUUUUUCAUUUCGCUCGCAUGCGCUUUUCUCAGAAUACUCGAUGCAUCUGCUGUUGCACCACGCUCGUGAUUCGUUGCGCUUAAUACGUUCUGCAGGAACGUUUUCUUUCGGUGCGUUCUUAUUUUAUAAUAAAUUGCUUUAUUUAAUAUACAUAUGUGUUAUACGUUGUGGAAGAAAGAGUUGAGAGUCUAGAGAUGUGAUCGGCAGGUGUAUCGAGCACUGUUCACAAGUGAUUUCGUAAGUUCGCCUGGGCUAUUGUAGAAAUGCAAGAGGGAAAAAACAGAGGGACGAAGAAGGAACGAGAGAAUCGACGAAAUCAUUCGUUUAUCGAAUGAUGGGCUCAAGGGAUAUUAAAAACUAUGUACGAUCGACGAAGAGAACGGGUGAUAAAGUCAUUGUAACCUCACGUUCGUUUCCUACUAUUUUUGUAUGCAACAUAAAAAAAGGAGAUUGACGAUAGCGAGAGAAUUAAGAAAAAGAAUAAAAUGAAGAAUUCGUGUGUGAGAGAGUGGGAGAGGAUGAACGAUGAAGGGUGAAGAGAAUAUGAAACAAAAAACAAACAAAUUGAAAAUGAGAAUGAGUACGAAAGAAUGAGCAUAUGAAAGCUUUUUGAAGCUUUUUCGUUUGGAGAUCCUCGCAUCUUCCUGAUCACCUUCCGUUGAUUGCGUCGCCACGUCGAAGACUCAUUAGCCUUUAAGUGUAACCGGGUGCCUGAAAAUUGAUUAAUUUCUGCGCCACGAUUAGCUGAUCCCAAUAAAAUACCGGCACGCGGCUGAAGCUUUUCCGCCAUGUGAGGAGUGUAAUCGAACUCUUUCAAUUGUUAUCCGUGCUCCACGAGAAGCGAUAGGAACUUUAUAUUUUUGAGAAGAGAAGAGUAAAUUAGUUGAUUAAUUUCACGGCUAAAACGCCACACAAGUUAGAUUUUCAGUUUGUAAUCUCGCAAAGAAGUUCUGGCAACUUCAUCCUGCCGCUUCUUGUGCACGGCAUCCGCAAAUAGCGCGUUAGAUCGAAGAUCGGCGACCCUUUAACUUGAUUUUCUUUUAUCGUUCUUUAUCAUUUCCUUCAUCGAACACUGUGCGGGACGCAGAACAAAGAGCAGACGACGAUUCGUUCGUUGCCGAUCUUUUUAGAUGCUAGUUGGCGUGAACUCAACGUCUCACCUCAAAAAAGAAAAAUCAUUAUCUUGCAAGAUCGUUUUUCAUGAUUAGUGAGUCUGGAAUGCUAUGUCCCAUGGUGAAUACAUCUGAAAUGUCGAUUGAUCUUGACUGCGAAGAUAAAUGCAAAGAGGACAAACUUCAGACGAGCUACACUUGUGUAUUUACAUUCUUUCUAGAUCACACCUGAUAGUUUCUUUUACGUUCGACAUAUCACGUGGAACAAGAGUAAACGAUGGCUGUGCCUUUAUGCUUAAUAUUAUAAUUUAGAGUUUUCAUUUGGACUGAGAUUUCUGUGCAGGAUAUCUUCAAAUCGUUUCUUGUCCUGUGAAAAGGUUGAAUGUUAAUAUUUAUGUAUUAAGAAAUAAGAAGAUGAUUCAAAUGUAUUCACUGAUAACAUUGGGCUAAACACUGUGUCAAGAUCAUGUUAACUCUUUGAGUCUCAGAGAGAGUAAACUUUCAUUGAAAUGUUUGGUCUUUUUUUUUUUUUGUAUGGAAAAUUCUAUGAUUUGCAUUAAUUUUAUGGAAGAAGAGUUUCCAUAUUUUGUAUAUAAUUUUAAAGAAAUGUAUGUGUGAAAGCAUAUGUAGAAUAUAUACAUAGGCUGAUCCUCAAAGAGUUACAUAGGGAAAAGAUGAUUGAGUGCGUGUGGGAAGAAAAAAGGAAUAACAAAAGAAAACCUACGACGAAUCGAAGAAUUCGUAUGCAUAUGCAUCACGAAGGUGACCGAGAAGGUGAAUGAAAUUAGGAAUCGUAUGAUGGAAACAAAAGAGCUAUACUACCAACCCAAAGAUGCGCAACAUCAUAGAGAGCCGGACAAUUUGAUAGAACUCAUGUCAGUCUAAUUAUAUUUCUUGUUAUAUUAUAUACAUAUAUAUAUCAUAUUUUCCAAAAACGAAUUAUAUAUAAUUCAAUAAAAAAGAAGACACUCUCGUUUGAUA